AUGACUAAAGACGUGGAAGAUCCGCCUUCGCUGCAGCCGCCUUCGCCCCUGCCUCCUCCUCCACUGCGGACUCCGGCAGCUCUCUCACCGGAGUCCUUGAACUCGAUUUCUCUCUCCCUCAGCUGCAUCGGACCACCGGCGUGCCCCACCACGUCAGACGCGGCAGUGGACACCAGCUCCGAGAUCUCCACCAAGGACUUGAAGGAGAAGGAGGAAGCUGUGGAGGCGGCAGAAAAUGGAAGAGACGCACCUGCCAAUGGGAAUGCUAAUGAGGAAAAUGGGGAGCAGGAGGCUGACAAUGAGGUAGAAGAAGAAGAGGAAGAAGGUGACGGUGAGGAGGAGGACGGAGAUGAAGAUGAGGAAACUGAGGCUCCUACGGGCAAGCGGGUAGCUAAAGAUGAUGAGGAUGAUGAUGUUGACACCAAGAAGCAGAAGACUGAUGAGGAUGACUAGGCAGCAAACAGGAAAAGCUGAACUUGAGGCCACCGUGACCUAUUCACCCUCCACUUCCCGUCUCAGAAUUCAAACGUGGUCACCUUCCAGCGGAGAAGCAGGCCCGGCCCCACAGCGGGCAGGGUCACCCACAGAUGACAUGCGCUCUCCACCACCCCACCAAAACCACAACAUGAAUUUGCAACAGGGGAGAAAAAGAACCAAACUUCCCAGGCCCUGCUUUCUUUC